UCGGCGUGCCCGGGACCGCCUCCCGCGGACUCAAGCCCCCAGCCCCGUGGACCCUCGGCGGGCGCGCCUGGCCCCCUGCCAGAAGCCGGUUUUACUUGUUUCCGACCGAAUUCGCCUCGCUUGUUCCUCUUCGUGGCGAGAGCUGGUGACGGGCGGAAAACUAACUGUAGCUGUGACAGUGUGUUAUGAUGCCGUCUCGCACCAACCUGGCUGCUGGAAUCCCCAGUAGUAAGGUGAAAUACUCAAGGCUCUCCAGCACUGAUGAUGGCUACAUCGACCUUCAGUUUAAGAAAAGUCCUCCCAAGAUUCCCUAUAAGGCCAUUGCGCUUGCUACCGUACUGUUUCUGAUUGGCGCCUUUCUUAUCAUCAUAGGCUCCCUCCUGCUGGCGGGCUACAUCAGCAAAGGGGGGGCAGACCGGGCCGUUCCUGUCCUGAUCAUCGGCAUCUUGGUGUUCCUGCCUGGAUUUUACCACCUGCGCAUUGCCUACUACGCAUCCAAAGGCUACCGGGGCUACUCAUACGAUGACAUUCCAGACUUUGAUGAUUAGCUCCCACCUCAGCCUUGAGAAGAUGGAACUGAGCGCAGCUUUCAGACACUGUGCAGAAACUUUGGCUAAGGGCUAAGGAAUUCUGCAAUUUGCAGAGAUGUUUAUUAGCACAAUGGGCAGAUUUUAUGGGUCCAUCCUUAAGAUGUUAACUGAGCUUAUAAUUGGCUAAUUAGGACAUGCUCUUAUUUUUCACCUCCUGCUCUUGGCAAAAGCUCCUCACACAUUUUUCCACGUGAAAGAUGUAUCAUGAAAGAGGAGCAGUGUUAAUUAGUUGUAUGGGGAAGCAGGAGGGUGAUCUGUAGUGGACAGGGUUGCUGCCACCAACCCGCUUUAGAGGCCAGCAGUUCAUUUUAAAGAAGUCUUCAUUGGCAGUUUGUUAUGGUGGCAAAAGGAAGAAUGCUGUAUGUCAAGUUUCUUAUUGCUUAUUACUUUUGAAAAUAUCUAAGUAUCUUAUCCCCCUACUCUCAUUUCUAACCUCAUGUUCUAGUAGAAGAUGUUGGCAAAAUCAAAUUUCAUUGUGCAUGCAUCUGUCUUUUUUUUACUUGUUAUUAGUAGCAAUCAGGAAUUUUUAAACCUCACAGCAAGUUUCCAAAAUAUAAAUACUUCUCUGUUCACUAGUCUUGGGCCAGCUUUGAUCUGGUCCACCAAUCAACUGGCUGGCAUUUCACUUGGAUCAUUCUCUCCUUUGUAGAUCAAAGUGUUCUAUAUAUCAUGCCUCUAACAACCAGACUUUGGCUUUUCUUUGGGGAAAAUGUAAGUAGAGUUUAUAACCCUCUCGUUAGCGCCUUGAAUUAUGAUGUAACUCUGCUGAAGAUCACAUCUGGCCUGGAUCCCAGAGGGUUAGACUGCUUUAGUUUGGGUCUGUUUCCUAACUUGCAAAAAGUGACUUAUAGUCAGAAAAAAUUAAAAUGUCAAGUUAAAUUUUA